GCAAGAGAACUCAUAGAUUGAUAACAUCCAUCGAUAUAGCCAAGAACUAUGGACGGCCGAGGUACCCAUGCUCCUCCUCUUCACAAGUUUGAACCCCUCAGGCGCACGGCCUUGAACCGCCUCUUUGCGGCGGUUUACGCCUGUGCUAUAAUAGCUCUACUCUAUCGCCAUGCACAAACACUUCUACACUCAGCAACCAGCUUACUCUCUUUCUCUUUGAGCCUCUCCUUGCUCAUCUCUGAUCUCGUUCUUGCCUUCAUGUGGACCGGCGCACAAGCUUUCCGAGUGUGCCCAAUUCGUCGUAAGGAGUUCCCCGAAAACCUCAGAAAAAUCAUGAAGGAAGAAGAUUUUCCAGGGUUGGACGUGUUCAUAUGCACGGCUGACCCUUACAAGGAGCCACCAAUGAAUGUGGUGAACACAGCCCUCUCGUUGAUGGCUUAUGAUUAUCCAACAGAGAAGAUUUCGGUCUAUGUAUCGGACGAUGGAGGAUCAUCCUUCACUCUCUUUGCUUUCAUGGAGGCUGCUAAGUUUGCCAGUCACUGGUUACCAUUUUGCAGGGGACAUAAUAUAAUGGAAAGGAGCCCUGAAGUGUAUUUUGCAUCUACUUACCAUUCCUGGAGCCCUGAGAUUGAGAAUAUUAAGAUGAUGUACGAGACUAUGAAAGUGAAGGUAGAACACAUUGUUGAUAAAGGGGAAAUCAGUGAUGAAUACAUUGUAGACAGUGAACAACGAGAAGCUUUUAGUAAAUGGACUGACGGGUUUACUCGUAUGGAUCAUCCUGCUGUCGUUCAGGUUAUCUUAGAUAAGAGCAAAGACAGAGACGUUUCAGGCAAUUUCUUGCCAAAUCUCAUUUAUGUCUCUAGACAGAAAAGCAAGACUGCUCCUCACCACUUUAAAGCUGGAGCUCUGAAUGUUCUGUUACGAGUAUCAGCUGUUAUGACAAAUGCGCCAUUAAUCUUGACCCAAGACUGUGACAUGUACUCGAAUGAUCCCCAAACUCCUCUCCGGGUGCUAUGUUAUCUAUCAGACCCUGCACUUCAAUCAAAAUUGGCAUACGUUCAAUAUCCCCAACGCUUUCAGGGCCUCAACCAAACUGAUAUCUAUGCUUCUGAGUAUAAACACCUGUUCCAAAUUAAUACUAUGGGUUUGGAUGGGCUAAUGGGUCCAAAUUAUCUGGGAUCGGGCUGCUUCUUUCGCCGGAGAGCUUUCUUCGGUGGCCCAUCAACUUUGGUGCCGCCCGAAAUCCCUGAACUCAGCCCAGCCCAUGAGGUAGACAACCCCAUUAAUUCUCGAGAAAUUUUGUCAUUGGCGCACAAUGUAGCAGGUUGCGACUAUGAGAACCAAACCAACCAUUGGGGCUCCAAGAAUGGGCUUAGAUAUGGAUCUUUGGUUGAGGACUUUUACACAGGAUAUCGGCUCCAGUGCGAAGGGUGGAAGAGCUUAUUCUGCCAUCCCGAAAGGGCUGCAUUUUUAGGGGAAAUGCCAAUUACCCUUUUAGAUUUACUUAGUCAAUGCAAGAGAUGGUGCAUCGGCCUUUUAGAAGUGACCUUCUCCAAAUAUAAUACUCUCAUCUUCGGUUCUCGUUCUAUGGGCCUUCUGAUGGGAUUAGCUUAUUCUCACUAUGCAUUCUGGCCUAUUUGGUGCAUCCCGGUCACCCUCUAUUCUUUCCUCCCCCAGCUAGCUCUGCUCAACAAAGUCAGCAUCUUCCCAAAGGUAUCAGAACCAUGGUGUUUCUUAUAUGUUUUUCUUUUCCUCGGCGCAUAUGGGCAAGAUUUCCUUGACUUUGUCCUCGCCGGAGGCACUGUCCGGAAGUGGUGGAAUGUUCAAAGGAUGUGGAUGAUAAGGGGGCUUUCAUGUUACUUGUUCGGUUCAGUUGAGUACCUGCUCAAGUCCUUAGGGAUUUCCACUCAUGGUUUUAACCUAACAAGCAAGGUGCUUGAUGACGAACAAAGCAAGAGAUACGACCAAGGCAUCUUUGAGUUCGGAGUCCCCUCCCCCUUGUUUGUGCCAUUGACAAUGGCAGCAAUAAUCAACUUAUUCUCAUUCGCAUGGGGACUGACAGAGUUUUGGGAUAAUGGCAGCAACAAGGAAGGCCUCGCUUUGCAGAUGGUAUUGGCAGGGUUCAUUGCUUUGAAUUGCCUGCCAAUUUAUGGAGCCAUUGCCUUGAGGAGUGACAACGGAAAAAUGCCCACCCAAAUUACAGUCAUCUCAAUAUUUCUGUCUGUGGCUCUUUAUACUUCCGCUAAUCUCAUUCUCAAGCAAUAACUCUAAUUAGGCUAGCUUCUUCUUCUUCUUCUUUCUUUUCUGGAUCAAAUAUUUCCCCUCUAAUCUUUGCUUUAUAUGACAAUAUUUAAAAAACAAAAAUUGAAG